AUGUACUCCAUCAUGUUCUGUGCGCCAUUCAAGAGCUUGUUCUUGGGCUUCCCCUUUGACUUUGUGAUGUUUGUGAUGUGGCUUGUAGCAUAUUGCUUACUUCAGACGAAGACAGGCACACACACUUGCACUGCACGUUGGUACUAUAACUAUUGGGGUUACUAUUGGGGUCGCUACUGGACUCAUGGGCCUCCUGGAACUGUCGCUGUUAACAGCGCGGGUUGUGCCUCUUGGAGAACGGUGCUCUCCUUUUCGUUCAUCGCGUGGUUCCUCCAUCUUUUGAGUGGAAUCCUUGGUGUCUAUGUUUUCCACACUUAUAUUAAGCUGGAUGAGACCAAACGCGACAUUCAGCAGCACGCGGAAAAGCUCGUCAAGUAA